AUGCCCCACCCAACCCCCUCCAACCCUCCCCCUCACCAACCCCUACAAAUCCGCUCCACCAACGACGGAAACAUCGCCUUCCUCCUCCUCAUCGCCAUCUGCUCCGCCGCAGCCCUAAUCCUCUUCUCCGUCUGGGCCUCUUCCAAACUCCUCUCCCCACGACCACGACGGCGCCCAGGAACCGCAGCGGAGGGCAUCGAGCUGGGCGGAAUCCCGGGCGCGGGAGAACGCACAGCCGGAGCCGAAGACCGAGCCGGGGCGGGCCGGGACAAAGACGACGGUCUCCAUGCCGGCGACGGCGACGGCGAUGGCUACGCUGAGCGUGGCGGGUCCACGGAAACACAGAUCGACAUGGCGCUCCCCGAGCCGCCCGCUCGGGCGUACGGGCGAGAUGGCGGAGAAGGGUUGCAUGGUGUGUCUCCGGUCGAGGAUGUGGAGAUGAUAUGA